AACACCAUCUUCCUCUACCUCCUCUGCUAGCAUCACUCGGUGUAGACGCGGGGACAGGGGGGCAAAAGGCGCGUCCGCUUUCUGCAGGGGACGAGUAGAGCAGAGCGGACUGUUUCGGUGUAAUUCUGCACGGAAACCAGGUCCGAGCGAAGAUUAAUCCAUCUGCCGGAGGAGAGGACGCCACCGAGCAGCACCAUCCAGAGAGAACCGUCAUUUUAUCAAGUGUAAAAACAAGGCUUUCUUGCGGACUGCAUUUUUCUUCUUACAUUUUAUGUGUGCAGAGGGGAAAUCAGCAUAAGAAAGGAACUGACAUAAUUUUAAAACGGGAAAUACGGAUGGAUAUGUAUAGAAUGCUGAUUACUUAUUGAAUGAUAUUAAUAUUACCCCCGAAGAAAAACGUCGGAUCUCUCGCGUGUAGGCUAUCCUAGAUCAAUUUACACUCACAUUUGUUAUAUGAGUUGAGGAAAUCGGUGUUUAUGCUAGACGAGUUCGUUGCAUAAGGAACGCGUCAAAAAAGUGGUAGGAUAAACGCCGUAAAGCUGGCACGAGCCGAGAGAACGACACAGCCUUGCGUAUAUGAAUAGGCUAUCCAUGUUAGAGUAUACGCAUCGGCCUUACAUUUCCAUUUACUCUUGAAAUACCCACCAUUUUAAUCAAUCGUGGCUGCUUGUAUUCUCAGCUAUUUACAUUUAUAAGGCCAUAUCCCUAGGGGAUUUUUGGGAGGACAUUCUGGAAUCAGGGCGAUACGUUAGCUAUUUAUUUUGGGGCUCAAUUGCCGUUUAAUUGUCGAAGGUGACGCCACAGAGAGAAGAUGUCGGGACAAACGCUGACGGAUCGCAUUGCUGCUGCUCAGUACAGCCUCACGGGAUCGGAGGUGGCUCGUGCUGUCUGCAAAGCCACCACGCACGAGGUGAUGGGGCCCAAGAAAAAACACCUGGAGUACCUCAUCCAGGCAACCAAUGAAACCAAUGUGAACAUCCCGCAGAUGGCUGACACGCUUUUUGAGAGGGCGACCAACGCCAGCUGGGUGGUGGUUUUCAAGGCCCUGGUCACCACACAUCACAUGAUGGUCCAUGGAAAUGAGAGGUUCAUCCAGUAUCUGGCCUCCAGGAACACACUCUUCAACCUCAGCAAUUUCCUGGACAAGACCGGCUCUCAUGGCUACGACAUGUCAACCUUCAUCAGACGCUACAGCCGCUACCUGAACGAGAAGGCGUUUGCGUAUCGACAGAUGGCCUUCGACUUCGCCCGAGUGAAGAAGGGUGCUGACGGGGUGAUGAGGACGAUGAGCACAGAGAAGCUCUUGAAGGGCAUGCCAACUCUCCAGGGCCAGAUCGACGCUUUGCUGGAGUUUGAUGUUCAUCCUAAUGAACUUAUAAAUGGAGUGAUCAAUGCAGCAUUUCUCCUGCUUUUCAAGGACCUGAUUAAGUUGUUCGCCUGCUAUAACGAUGGGAUUAUUAAUUUACUAGAGAAAUUUUUUGAAAUGAAGAAAGGACAAUGCAGGGAUGCCCUUGAGGUGUACAAGAGAUUCCUCACACGAAUGACCAGGGUGUCCGAGUUCCUAAAGAUAGCGGAGCAAGUAGGGAUCGACAAAAAUGAUAUUCCUGAACUUACUCAGGCCCCUGAGAGUCUCCUGGAAUCCUUGGAGACACACCUGAACACUCUUGAGGGGAAGAAAGGGUCACCAACUAAGGGGUCUCCUUCGAAUAACGGCACACCAACCAGCACUCCAGCCAAGACCUCCGACUCCACCUCUCCCCCUCCCGAGCCCUUUCCCACCGGGGCUGCCUCCAAUGCUCUGUCUAAUGACCUGUUGGAUCUUGACCUCCUGUCAGCCGCCCCCCAGCCAGCAGGGGCAGCAGCUGCAGCUGCUCCAGCCACAUCGUCCUGGGGAGAUCUCCUCGGGGAAGAUUCCCUGACUGGUCCUGCAGCGCCCGCUAGCACCUCCGAGGCUCUUCUGUCUGAACCAGCCCUCACUGCAGACUCCGCCCCCGCUCCAGCCACCACCACAGCCACCGCUGCACCCGCUGCCACGGCAACCGCUGCUCCGCCGGCCGCUGAGGCCACACCCGCUUCUGCAGUUACCCCCGCCCCCGCCCCUGCUCCAGCAUCCUUGCCCGUCCCCCCCGCGGCCUCGGCCCCCUCAGACAUGGAUCUCUUUGGAGAUGCAUUUGCAGCUUCUCCAAGUGACGGUCCUGCUACCGGGGAGGACGGGGCAAUACCCACACCCAUUCCUGCUGCGGAUGUAUGUGCUGGUAAUGACCCCUUUGCCCCGUCUGAAGGCAGUGCAGACGUUGCCCCAGAGCUGGACCUCUUUGCGAUGAAGCCCGUAGAGACCAGUGCCACUGUAGUGACCCCCACCUCCAGCAUCGCGCCAGCCAUCGCCCCCCCGGCCCCAGCCCCCACCACGCCCGCCCCCCCCUCCACCAACGCUGCCGCUGCCCCCCCAACGCUAGAUAUCUUUGACGAUUUAUUUGAUUCAAUGCCUGAGCAAAGCUCCUCCACAGCAUCCAAAGCAGACGCUACCCCUAGCGUAGACCUGUUUGGGGCAGAUCUCCCUGCGACCUCACGAGGCUCCUCUCCUUUACCUGAAGCCAAUGUGACUGCCGAUCUCCUUUCCGAUGCGUUCUCCGCACCAGUGCCAGUGGCCCCGCCUGCUCCCACAUCUCCUGUCAAAACAGAUGCCGGAGAUGUGCUGGACCUGUUUGGGGACACGUUUGGCAGUCCUGGGGAAUCCCAGCCUGCCGCGCCUGGAGUGCCUGCCACUGACCUGCUGGGAGAGCUGAUGACCCCCAGCCCAGCUCUUGCUCCAGCAGUCACCCCGUCUCUAGCCCCGUCCCUAGCCCCGUCCCUAGCCCCGUCCCUAGCCCCGUCCCUAGCCCCUGCCCCUGCCCCGGUGCAGAAUAACCUCCUGCAGUCUGGCUUUGAGCCCGCCUUCACCUCGCCACCAGCCUCUGCCCCUGCAGUCCAGCCCGGUGGCUUUGAUCCAUCAGUGUUUGAUGGAUUAGGGGACCUGCUCAUGCCUGCCGUGGCCCCACAGGGACCUCCAGUAGUCCCCAUGGCUGGGGUAGGGGCUGGGGUGGGGGCAGCAGGGGCUCCACCUGCAAAGGCAAUUGGGGGUGACCUGGACUCAUCUCUAGCAAGCCUGGUUGGAAAUCUGGGCAUGGGAAAUCAGAAGAAGGACAUGCAGUGGAACGAGAAGAAACUGACGGGCGGGGCCAGUUGGCAGCCGCAGGUUGCCCCCACCAGCUGGGGUGCCCCCGGCUCACAGAUGCCUGGCUCCUCCCCUGGGGCUCCUGGGGCCACGCCCCCAGCCGGAGCCAUGCCCCCUCCCAUGGGAGCGCAGCCAGGAUUCGGCAUGUCUCCUGUGGGUGCAACUGGAGCUCCCAUGAUGCCUCAGAUGUUCCCCCAGCCUAUGAUGAGACCACAGUUCCCAGGAGCACCCGGAGCGCCGCUUUCCCCAGGGCCUGGCGCUGCUCUCCAGAGCCCCAAAAAGCCUCCCACCAAGGACCCCCUGGCAGAUCUCAACAUCAAGGACUUCUUAUAAACCUCCAGUUGCUCUGGACCUCACCCCUACCCCCCUGCCAAUAACAGCACCCCCGAAAGCAUCUGCAUGGUGUCCUGCCCAACCUCCGAGGACACCGGAAGAUCCCAGCAAGAUAACGGAAACCUAUAUUCCCACCUCCACCCCUGCCCAGCCCUUACCUGCUCCACUCUGUCUUACCUAAUAGCACAAACCGUGUGUGGCCCUGAAGAGUGUGCUUAUCUCUAUGUUCCUGAAAGCGAAACUGAAAAAGACAAAAAAAAACCUCAAAUCAAAAAAAAUAAAUAAAAGGUGUACUUUGAUCCUCCCUUUUUCAAUGUUGGCGUUUGAGUCGAAUGAUGCGCGUGUGUGCGUGUGUGUUGAUGCCUUUUUUGCGCUUUAGCUCCGCCCCCUUUCAAGGUGACGGGUGGGUGGCCGUCCUGUAGUGAGCGGUGUUUGUGUCGUUUGUGCCGGAAGGUUUUUGAUGUAUAUAAAUCUCACAAAAUCCCAGGAUUUUCUCUCUACACUGUAUAUCUGCUCCAGAAAGCAUAUUGAUGUGAACCUGAUCUAACUACGAACUACAAGUCAUGUGACGUUUAACUCAUCACUAGUCAUGAAUCUUAACUUGUUUCAGAAAACAAAUAUAUAUAUUAUAUAUAUACAUAUAUAAUGUGCAGGAUUCUGAAACCUACAACACCCUCCAUUGUUUUUCUGUCAUUAUUUUUAUUUUUAUUUUUUCAUUCGUUGUUUUGCAAAUUUAUCACAUUCCAGGUUUGAUGCUAAAUGUUAUUUAUUUUUUUGUGAAUUUCUUUGUUCGAUAAUUGUCAAAUAAAGUGACCAUAUGCAUUUCAGGAUAUUUUAUCUGCACAUGAAAUUAUUUAUUCUUUUUUCUUAUUUGAGAGAAAAAAGUUAUAUUUUUAGUUAUUAUUGUAGAUAUAAAAAUUAAACAUUUUUAAAGUGAAAACAAUGAAUCUUUAACAGUGAACUGUCCCAGGAUGAGAUCGCGAGGCGAUAUUGCAUAAGAACUCAAAUGAAAGGCCAGACACAUUUUGUUGUCCUAAUUAACUGAUUGCCACCACAUUCGCAGUAGCCCAAGCUACAGUAAAAGAAGGGUUGGGUCUUGCCAUUCUGUUUCUCAUGAACGAUUCACUGGCCACACCAGUGAACUCUUGUGUUUUGACUCAUAGUGGUAGUGUUUUAUUACCAGACCCUGGUCAGUACUUGUAGUGUUAUUUUUGUAUUGCUGUAGAAAGAAACAUACAAAAAGUUUGGCACCUAACCUGCCCAUGGGCGUGUCCCAAACCCCACCCCUUACCCUUCUUCUCGUAGUAAGUGUGCACAUGGUGUUUUGUGUUGCUCCCUCUCAUGGUGAACAGUGGUAUUGUAGGUGGCAGCACAAGGGAAGGGUCUCUGUGCCCCCAGAAGAGGUCACUGUUGAUCAGUGUUACUUUGUGUCUCCUUCAGCAGGUAUGUGGACCAGUGGAAGGGGCCUGACUGUAGACUCUGUACUCUCCCUGAUAUACUGGGUACUCUGUGUGUUGUAUCAUUCCAAGUGGCUGUAUCGACAACUGUUGUGAAAAUGAUGAGUAGAAAAAGAAAAAAAGGUUUAAUUUUUUUGUUAAAGAUGGAUUCUGUUUGGUUUUUGAUUGACGACCUCCCCCCCUUCGCUCCCCCAGUGCAUGUGAUUCCUCUUGAGAUGCAAUAAAGACAUUGACCUACAGAAACAUCA